AUGUCACAACAACCUAGUGAAAAUAAAUUAUGGGGUGGUCGAUUCACUGGCGCCACUGAUCCAUUAAUGGAUUUAUACAAUGCUUCAUUACCUUAUGAUAAAGUUAUGUAUGAUGCAGAUUUAACUGGUACUAAAGUAUAUACUCAAGGAUUGAACAAAUUAGGAUUAAUUACCACUGAAGAAUUGAAUCUGAUUCAUCAAGGUUUAGAACAAAUUAGACAAGAAUGGCAUGAUAAUAAAUUUAUUAUUAAAGCUGGUGAUGAAGAUAUUCAUACUGCUAAUGAACGUAGAUUAGGAGAAAUCAUUGGGAAAAACAUUUCUGGUAAAGUUCAUACUGGUAGAUCCAGAAAUGAUCAAGUUGCUACUGAUAUGAGAAUUUUUGUUCGUGAAUCAUUACUUAAUUUAAGUAAGAUUUUACAUCAAUUCAUUACAGCAAUUCUUGAACGAGCUCAUAAAGAAAUUGAUGUAUUAAUGCCUGGUUAUACUCAUUUACAAAAAGCUCAACCUAUUAGAUGGGCUCAUUGGUUAAGUUCAUAUGCAACUUAUUUCACUGAAGAUUAUAAACGUUUACAAGAAAUCAUUACUCGUGUUAAUCAAUCUCCAUUAGGAUCUGGUGCUUUAGCUGGUCAUCCCUACGGUAUUGAUCGUGAAUUUUUAGCUAAAGGAUUAGGAUUUGAUGGUGUUAUUGGGAAUUCUUUAACUGCAGUUUCUGAUCGUGAUUUUGUUGUUGAAAGUUUAUUUUGGAGUACAUUAUUUAUGAAUCAUAUUUCUCGAUUUUCAGAAGAUUUAAUUAUUUAUUCUAGUGGUGAAUUUGGAUUUAUAAAGUUAGCUGAUGCUUACUCUACUGGUUCAUCAUUAAUGCCACAAAAGAAAAAUCCUGAUUCAUUAGAAUUAUUACGUGGGAAAAGUGGCAGAGUGUUUGGUCAGUUAUCUGGGUUUUUAAUGUCAAUUAAAUCCAUUCCAUCAACCUAUAAUAAAGAUAUGCAAGAAGAUAAAGAACCAUUAUUUGAUGCAUUGACUACCGUAGAACAUUCAAUUUUAAUUGCUACUGGUGUGAUUUCUACUUUACUGAUUGAUAAACAAAAUAUGGAAAAAGCUUUAACUAUGGAUAUGUUAGCUACUGAUUUAGCAGAUUAUUUAGUUAGAAAAGGUGUUCCAUUUAGAGAAACUCAUCAUAUUUCUGGUGAAUGUGUUAGAAAAGCUGAAGAAGAAAAAUUGUCGGGAAUUGACCAAUUAUCAUUUGAACAAUUUCAACAAAUUGAUUCACGUUUUGAAAAAGAUGUUAUGGAAACUUUUGAUUUUGAAGCUAGUGUGGAAAGAAGAGAUGCUAUUGGUGGUACUGCUAAGAGCGCUGUUUUAAAACAGUUAGAAAAUUUGAAAUCAAUUUUAAAUUAA